AUGCCAUUCUUUCUACUCAAGAACUCUUUGGGAGCCAAGAUGAAGAAAGGCAUAAGAACUUUUUGCAACACUGAUGUGUCAACCUCAACUCUCAACCAACAAAAUAGUACUAUCGGCAAUGGUGUAGGCAACCAUAGCCAAGUUGACAUCACAACUAGCAAGGUAAGCUCCCCUUUUUUACAAUGUGAGACUUCAAAUUCAAAGCAAAGCACACCAACACUAGAAGACCUUAUACUACAAUUAGAAAUGGAGGAAGAGAUGGCAAGGAAAGAAAAACUCAAUGAAUAUAGUGGAAUAAGGGGAAGAAUGUCAAGUGUGAACAACUCUGACAUCUUAAGAUCUGCAAGGAAUGCUUUGAAUCAAUACCCAAGGUUUUCACUUGAUGGAAGAGAUUCCAUGUAUAGGUCAUCUUUUGGAACGAUAGAAGGAAGAAGAUCAGUUUGUAGUGAGAGAAGUUUAGAACCAAAGGUUGAUGAAAAGGUUGUGUGUUUUCCCACAACAAUUGCAGGGGAGAGUGUAGUUUGGUGUAAACCAGGGGUUGUGGCAAAGUUAAUGGGUUUGGAAGCUAUUCCAGUGCCAGUAAGUAGAAAAAGAUGUGACAACAAAGACAAGAUAAGUAGUAGUGUUGGUUUAAGGAGACAAAAUAUAAGGAGGAGAUCAUUUGAGAGGCAUGAUUUGGAGAGAAAAUUAGCUAUGGACAUGCAGGGUUAUCGUGAUCAUAUUGUUAGAAGAAGAAAUAGGUCUGGUAUUUGCUCUAACAAUGGAUAUUGUAUUAUGAAACCGGUUUCUCUAGAAGCUAUGGCAGGUGGUCCUGCUAGUUGGCAGCCAAGGAGAUAUGCUUAG